GGGAUGCUCAUUUCAACUGUGUCGAUGCCUCCGGAAGCAGGUGGCCCAAGACCUGAGCCCUCUCCUGGGCUGCCACCACCCCUACUGCCCAAACCAGGAAAGGACAACCAGAGACUUCAGAAAGUACUGAGAAAAGCUGCUCGGAAAAAGAUGGUGGGCACGACUCCCACCCAGCCUGGGGCCUUCCGUACAUCCCUGUCCCCCGUGAGUGAGGCCAGUCAUGACCUGGAGACCACAGUCCUGCGUCCUGCCGAAGCCCCUCACACGGUAGCCCCCUUACCCCGCUCCCCACACACCCCCAUUAUUCAUCACGUGGCCUCACCCCUGCAGAAAUCCACUUUCUCUUUCAACCUUCCCCAACAAAGGUCUCUGGCCACUCAUUUCAAAGCAUCUCCUAGUCUUGAAGCUCCAGCCCUGGACACCACUGAGUCCCGCAGUGGCUUUGCCCAUGUAUCUGCCCCUAUAGCAAGUGGCACCCACAUCACUCAAGUACAUAUCCAUCUGUCACCAUCCUCACAUACUGGGACUUCUGAGUCCCCCAGAAUGGCCUUGGAUGGAGAUAAAAACCUGUGUACUUCUAGCACCCACUCUCUCAUCCCAGUAGCACAUAUUCGCCCACUGCCCACUGGGGUACAGGCAGUCAGUCCUGGGCCUGAGGAGCCCUCUGUAACAAGGCCACCAUCCAGCUUUCAGGCCUCAGGGUCCAGAGAAGCUGGUGCUAGGGUGGUGGUUCCCAUAGCCCCUACGUACCACUCACCCGGACCCUCACCUUGUAACCCAGCUCCCGCAGCUCCUGAAGCAGAAUGUCUAGAGGAAUUGCCCCCACCCAGGCCUGCUAUGAAGCCCAAGCAUAUCUCCAGCCUCCCCAGAGCCUCGGGCCUCUCAGGCCUCCACUCAUGCCCUGGUCCCAAAGUUGCGCCCAAACCCUGCCUUAGUGGCUGGGCACGUCUAAAGAAACAGAUGAUGGAGGAGCCAGAGGAGCCUACAUUUCCAGAGCUGAAGCAGAGCCCACAGCCCAUGAAGUCAGACACGUCAGCUCCUGUGGGCCUACAGCUCCCUGUCUCCCGGGCCUCUAGGAUGUGGGAUGCAGUGUUGUACCGCAUGUCACUGGCCGAGUCCCGUAGAGGCCACCCUGUGGGGCCUGGGGAUGGGGGGCAUCCUCUGACCUGUCUCAGCCAUCUGCCUUUUCUGUGCCGACCUCGCUUCAAUGCCCGGAAGCUACAGGAGGUUGUCCGGCCCCCUCCUACCCUCCACCCCGUUCUGGAGCUGCAUUCCCAGCCCAAGAACUUCAACCGGACAGCAGCAGGCUGGAGGCUGUAGUGAUGACACCAGAAUGGCCUCUGGAACUCUGGACUUGGGUGGACAGAGACUGGCUGAGACUGAGGAUACAGA